AUGCGCAUCCUCUGCUUCCACGGGCACACGCAGACCGGGCCCUGGUUCGAAAGAAAGACCUUCCGGCUGCGAGAGCACAUCGAGCGAGCGUUCCCAGGGUCCACGUUUGUCUUUCCAACGGGCCCGAUUGCAUACAAAGUAUCCGACAGACUCGACUACCUCUCCGAUAUUCAACGGGAAAGAACAGAGAACUUCAAAGACCCCGAUGUGAUCGACACCCACGCCUGGUUCCGGCUGUUCGAAGAGGACCCGCCGCGGGGGUUCUUCGAGAGCCUCGACAAGACAGCAGAGAUCCUCCGCACAGAAGGGCCUUUCGACGGUGUCAUUUGUUUCUCUCAAGGCUCGGUGAUUGGCGGCAUGGUGGCCUCACUGCUCGAGGGCCCGAAGCGACGCCAGAGAUUCGAAGAAUAUGCCGCGACCUUCCCAGGCGCCAUGCAAUACCCCGAGUCCUACAAGAACCUCGACCAUCCUCCGCUCAAGUUCGGCAUCACAUACGGCGCAUAUAUGGGGACUCAUCCCAUGUUCAAAGCGUUCUACUCGGAACCGCUCAUCGAGACCCCCUUCCUGCACUUCAUGGGCGACUUCGACCCCAUCGUUCCUUCAGACAUGGCAGCAGCGGUGGACCAGGCACAAAUCGGGGGAUCCCGACGGCGGAAGAUGACGCAUCCAGGGGCCCAUGCACUCCCAGUGGGGAGCCAGUACCAUGAGGCAGUGGUCGACUUCAUUCGGUCCGCCUGCGAUUCACCGUCAUACUUCGACUUGCCUGCCGACGACGUCCCUCCGCUUUCGUACAAAGAUACCCCCGAACAAACGCCCUUGCAGACUCCUCUGCUCACACCGUCGCUAUCGUCGGCCGUUUCAACAACGUCCAUCCCGUCUUCUGAAGCGACAAUCCUUGGCUCCAAGCGGCUUGACCAGUGGAGGAAGCCGAGAAGUCCACGGAGACAUGUCAAGUCCCUACCGAUACGACGGAGCGUCUUUUCGAGGAGGUCAACAAGUUCAAGCACCGCAUCCAGUGCCGACUCUCAACGUUCAGAUGACUCUGAUGCAACACACACCCUGGCUUCUUCGACAGUCACCGUCCCCGCGAGUGCAGACUCGGUUGCUAAAGAGCCGGAUGUAGCCGUCACCGUGGUUGAAGAGGAUCCAAUGGUUCCAGGGUACGAGGGAGAAGGGUGGCAAGAGCUGCUGCUGUCAGAUCUGCUCAAUGAGAUGCUGCGGAGGCAGGGGCGAUCAGGGAAGUUUUAUUUCGUGCCUGAUGCGGAGGAAGGGCGGUUGGUGAAUGGCCUGGCUUUAGAUUGA